AAAGCCCAAGAAAUGCUCUUUUACUUGAGGAAUGUCUUCUUGUGACACUAUCCUGACUAUGACAGAGAGCUGUUCCUUAUGACUCAGAUCAGGGGUGCAGUCUAAAAUGAUGGAGAAAUAUUUGGAUAUUUUGAUCUCUGUCACAAUGUGUUCUAUUAUUUUAGAACUGAUGGAGUCUAUCAGUUCAUUUUGGAUUGUUUUGCCAAGAUAAUGUACAUGACUGCCAGCUCCACUUUCCACCCUACUGACAUGCUGCUUCAUCACUGGAUCAAAUUUGGCCAUAAGCUCCACCUCUUUCAGGAAAUUCCCAUUGUCUGGUUUAUUUAAUGUGUCUGUGGAAUCCCUAUAAGCCAUGUUUCUUUCAGCUAAGGACUGAAUUAUUGCCACCUCCCUUCACGCCCAGAGACAUCUGAGGACAAGGCAUUAUUUUUGGAGGAAAAGACCGCGCUGGUAUCCCGUUUCAUUCAGAUUUUCAAGGUUCUUCCACAGGACUUCCACAAGAACAACAUAUAAAAGUUCCAGUCCUGCCACACCGGGUCAUUCUCCUUAACCCUGCCUGAACCCACAGACGGAAAACGCGCUCUCUUACGCACAGGUAGACUGAUGGCGAGUAUAGCUGCACUGAUGCUGCUCAUAAUAUCCUGGCGGAACAUCAGUUAUUGCUGUGGACUUAAAGUGGAUCCUCCUGAGGAACUUGUGAUAAUAGACCCUGGCCAUUUUGGACAUCUCGAGAUUACAUGGAGCCCCCCAGCCAGCUUGAUCAAUAUGACGGAGUGUCCAGUACUGUAUCAAGUGGAGUACUUCAACUCAUACAGGAACAGAUGGACUGCCAUCAGGACAUCUAGGAGAUCAUACAGUGCCCAGUUUGAUCUGAUGAAAGAUGUUAGAGUGAAAGUAUACACCUUGCUGAGUGGACCCUGCACCAAUGGUACUAUGAUCAUGAGCACAAACUACACUGAACUGAUCCAGAAGCCUCCUGCAGGUGUUGUGGGUACUGCUGUCCAGGAUUUUGUCUGCGUGUUUCAUAACAUGGAGUACAUGGAGUGUCACUGGGGAAGAAGCUCAAAGAUGCCAGUGAACUCAGAGCAAAGUCUAUAUUUCUGGCACAAAAAGCUGGAACAGUCAGAGGAAUGUCCAAAAUACGUCAUUUCAGGUGGAGUCAGGGUCGGCUGCAACUUUACAGGGACAUAUCUCCCUGAUUUCACUGAUAUUAACUUCUGUCUAAAUGGCUCCUCUCGUGAAGGGACCCUGAAACCAACAUUCAUCUCCCUGCAAAUCCAAAACCAUGUGAAGCCUGGAACCACAGAGAAACUGCAUCUGAAAACGGUUCCAGACACGCAGCUGGAAAUUCACUGGGAGUAUCCUAAUGAGUGGAUUCCUGGACACUGCUUAGAAUGGGAGGUGGAACACAAUCAAGAGGGGCCUGAUGGAAAAAUCACAUCAAAGCAGAUUUUAACCAAACAGACAAGCUUGGCUCUGACCUCCAUUCAUGAGAGAGACUGCUUCAGGAUUCGGUCCAAAUUGCACAAGUAUUGUGCAGACAAAAGCUUUUGGAGUGAGUGGAGUCAUCCAUCCUGCCAUCUGGAAUUCACACCUGAACCCGAAUGGAACAUGGUUUGUGUUUAUAUCACCAUUGCCAUCAUCGCCGUACUGCUGCUGUCACUGUGUGUGGGGGUAGGAUUUAAAGUGAAAUCAAGACAAGAGAAGAAGCCAGACCCUUUGCUCACCACGCUGUUUGCUCAAAAUUCAGCUCUUACAGUGGCGGAAGCCUAAAAAGACAAGAAGACCUGCGUCAUUGUCACUUUCACAGAGCACCUCUGACAGAUGCUUUACUAUUGCACUCCACUGCUCUAACUUUUUAGGUUCAUAGCAUGAAGCUCUAAAGAUGCCACACAGUCACCUGACAUUAACACUAAUGCAUUAUGAAGUUACUACAUUAUACAGUACAUUAGACCAAAGGUUACAAUAUAUUAUUUACAAAAAAAUAGAGAACGUACAGAGUAUUAUAUUAUUUUAACAUGCCUUACCAUGCUUGCCUUUUUGUGUACAUUUUUACAGAAAUGCUUGAACUACUCUGAGAUGUCACUAUAACAUUCAAAUAUUAUGUUAUGCCUAAAAGUAUCACCCAUUUUGGUUUUGCUACAUCUCUUGACUGCUGAUUUAGCCAGAUGAGAUUACUUUGCACAUGUUGUAUUCUGCAGUAAUGUACUGGUCUUUGGGGAUUUGUUUUGGAUGUUUUACCAUUUGCCAGAUGUCUUGCCAGCUGAGUCAGUCAGCAUAAUUCACUUAAUGAAAAGUUACUGUUUUGAAAAUGAAAAAUGAUUGUUUUAUUGAUUACUUGCUUAAUCAUUUACUCAUUGUCUCAACUCUUGCCAGUUAGUUCAGGUAGCAAAAAUGUUAUGUCUAAAUUCAGUGCACACAGCUACAAGGUUUUGUAAUGUCUUUGUUGCACACAUCAAGAUGGUGAAGUCUUUCAUCACCUACAGAAUGUAUAUGAGACUGAGUUGGGUGUAUUUUUUGGAUGGGUUAAUAAUGAAGACAUGCAUGUGUCAUGGACUUUUAAUGCCAAAACAUCUUGUCAGGUUUUUUCUGUUUUUGUCUUGGUUUGAAUUAUAACUCAAAAUGACAACAAAACUACGUUUUCAUAAUUGUUCAUGUAUUUUUGUUCAGAUGUCUCAAUUACAAAGAUAUUAUAAUAAUGCACUUCACCUUUUCUUAACUUUUAUGCAUUUUGUGGAUGUUGACAUCGUUCUGUUUUUAAAAUCAGAACUCUAAUUUGCACAACAUCCAUCUGCCUGUUCAUAUCUUUGAAAAAAACAGAGGAAUAAAGAAAAGGCAAAAGAUGAAUUCGUCACAUGUAGCUCCCAUAUUCUGUGGGACUAGUUUGAACUCUGACAGUAUGUGUGGGGUCUGAGAUCCAACACGUUUAAUGUUUUGCACUGUAAUCAUCAAAAUAAUUCCAACCAGUGUCUGAACUGCUGUAAUUUCUCAGUAUGAGCUUGGAGGUUGUGAACCACGACUACCAACUACUUUAUGUUUACCAUUAUACUUCCUGUUAUGGAAAGAAUAUGCUGUGUAAUGGGAUUUUGGGGUCUAUUUCAGUAUUUCAUGGCCACCAUUUUAUUUUCUCAAGUCUCAAAUGCCUUUUCUUCUAUUAAUUUGAUGAUCCCUGGGGCAAAAGAGGAGACCGCAGCUGAAGUGAGCUUGCUGAACUUCUCAUGUAGCUGUUUCUCCCCAAACCUCCAAAAGAAAAAACAAGUUUCUUGUUACAAGUUACUUUUUAAAAUCAAAGAGGCUCAGUCAAAGCAGAAUUUAAUAACUACAUAACCUUGUCAUAAAUAUCUCAUCAUGUACUUGGUUCAUUCAGUAUUUAUGUGACAUGAUACGUUAGUAUAACCAGUCACAUAACAUUCACUGCUGCACUUUGUUCAUGUUUUUGUAGCUGCCUUCAUUCAUUUAAAAAUGUUUUAUGUGCAGCAGGGCAUUAGAAAUCAUUUGCUCUCAUACUCAGUACAUAUGAUGUGCUGUCAUUUCAAACAGUGAAGGCUUCUCACAUGCAAAACCAGCACAAAUCAGCUCCACAUAACCAGAAAUUCUGAAUUGCAAAUGCUGUUUCUCAAUUUUCUGUUUUUAUUUAUACUCCUGGUGAAAUUAUUCGUUAUGAUGUUUACAUAAAACCAUUUAUGUAGAUAACUGCUUUUGAUUGUACACAGUUAAGAAUAGGUGACACUUUUGCUGUAGCUCAUGAGGCCCUCUUAUGUCCAUAUUAUAUAUAGCACCCACCACAGUCAUAAAUGAAUUUAAAGUUUCUGAUAUUUUCAGUGGAUUCUCUUAAAUUAUUGUGUAAAGCAUAUCUAUAAUUAAACAUGUGCAUGUAUUCCUACUUAUAUCUUUCACUUAACUUUUGACCAAGAUGUUUUGGCCCAUAUCGAUGUGUUUAAGUGGUUUUGAUGUUCCUUGUCACCUUGUUUUACACAGGAUAUCUUAUCACCUUUAUUUGUGGGUAUUUGCCUGAGGCUCGGAUUAAAGUUGGACAAAUUCUUGCCAAUAAAAUAUAAGGAAGCUGUGUUCCUUGUGCUUAAUUAACACACAGACUAGACAAUUCUGUUGACAUUAUACAAUACAUAUCGGUCUCUCCAAACUAACCAAUCUGCAAUACAAGUGCACACUGAACAGAGAAUUCCCAUUUUUUAUGUUGGGAACUUAUCCAUCUGGCUUCAUGCUGACUGCUAUCUUUUAUUGUUUGAUCCAGUAUUGACUGACACCCACAAGGUCAGCCAAGCAGCUGACUGCUUCCCACACCAGGUUACUUCACUGUGCAGGUGUGUGUCUAUGGAUAGUUGUGCCUGUCUUAUUAACUUAAUUUGGCUCAUUAGCAACCAAACAGAGUUCUUAUAUAAUUAAUCAGUAGAAAAUAAAUGUGUAAAAUAAACACACACACACUAGUAUUCCAUCUUUGUGCAAUAUUUGUGGGAACUAAUCAGAACAUUUAGAAGUGGACUCGCUGCUGGGUGUCUCAUUGGAAUGAGGUACCCCUGCUGCCUGACAGAACAGAAGGUGGAUGGUGUAAAACUCACUAGCAAAAGAGAAGUAAUAUGACUGUUGCUUUCACACCAGGUUUUUCAUGCACAGUGCUGAGUGCAGCAGCAGUACAUGGGUUUAUCAGGAGCCAGGGGUCGGCAGGGCACCACAAGCUGAUAAUGGAGGAGUAGUGAGCUAAUUUUUUGAGAUUAAUAUGUAAUUUUGGUGGAGCCAGACUUGACAGAGGAUUGGUACAAGGGCAAUGUAGGUGUUACUUUUCAGUCCAUGCUUUACCCACUGGCAGACCCUGGUCCUAGAUUUCCACUGCAGGGGAUCACAUUAGGAGCUGGACAAGACCAGGUUUGCAUUUAUAAUCUUAUUAGAUUUUAAAUAAAACUGUGAUUAGCUAUCAUUAAAACAAUAGUUUUCCUAAUCAGGAACCAAGGUCUCAGAGUCCAUGUUCAUCUCUGACUCCCAGGCUCAGUAACUGGAAUCUGUCCCUGCAGAGUGAAAGUGUGCAGGGCCUGUCUGGUUACUGCACCCAGGGGCCAGGCUGCUCUACAAAGGGUCACAUUAUCUUUACUACAGAUACAGUCUGUUGCAUGAUAGUCACAAUCAAAUGGGAAUAAAUGUCUUGUUUGCCCUAACAGCUGGAGAAAAGGACUUUCCUUGUUUCAGUUUUGUUUCUUCUGCCAGCACACAGUUGGUUGAGUUAAUCCCCUGCUGUAGUGAAAAAUGCUGUGGUCAUAUCCAAGUAUUCUGAGAAUAUGCAGCAGCUGCGGAGACACAGAAUUAAUCAGCACAAUCUUAACUCCAUGGAUCAAGUUUGUUUUGCUGCCUAUCUUAACAAAAACUACAUGUAAACAAUUUCGUCCCUUAGUCCAGAGGCAGAAUCUUGACUUCAGCUUCUGCUCUCCUGUAUUAUCAGCUUUGACCACUAGGUGGGGGCGGAUGUUAGCAUAAAAUUGUGUAGGUGUGGUCAAACAUGGUUCUCAUGAAAGUACAGCAAUUUAAAAAAAAGUCUUAUUCUCAUUACAGGGAAAAUAAGCAACUGACAUAUAUUUACUGUAAAACCUAAACAAUGCCUUUGGUGACACAUUUAUGUGUAUUUACAAUGCCAGGACAUUUAAUGCAGGAGAGGCAAUAACUGUGUGGUGGAGUUCUGAGCAUGCAGACCCACUGACAGUUUUACCUUUACAACACAACAAUGCCAGAGAGCGAAUCAUUUAGAACCCUCUUCUGCAAAAUAAAAGCAAAGAAGACAAAGAGUUGCAUAAUAUUGGAUCAGCUGAUCAACGGUGUGUUUAUGUAAAAAAAGAAAUUAAAAUCUUCUUCUCCAGUAAAAUACAUUCUUUUAAAGUAACAUGAUCACAUUUGUGUGACACUUUAGAAACUAUCUCUCUUUGUGUAAUCACAUCACUUUCAAGUCAAAUUUCAAAAAUUCCCCAGAGGUCACUGCUAUUAUAAGACAACUACCGACGUGGCACCUCACACACUCAGUGCACUGUUACACUAUUUACAGAAGCCGUGCAUCGAGCUCAUUCAUUUGGAUCUUUUACCCCUGGAGCUGUUAAUUGUUGUGUACGUACUGGGGAUUUUUCACACUCCCACAGCAGUAGAAACUGUGUGUCCCUUUACAGAGACUUGUUUUAACCAGCUGCAUCAGUUUGGGGUAAAAAAAAUAAAAUAAAAAAUGGUACCAGGAAGCUUCACACUACACUGCUUAAGUGUGGUAGUGCCUUCUGUUUUACACAAAACACCCAGGGAAAUAAUGCAGAUCUUUUAAAACUUGCCUUUCAUAAACAUAUUUAGAAAAGUAAUUUUGGUGCACAGCUAAACAAAAUGACACUAAUAAAAAUGCCCCAGCUAAUUACAAGAAAGUGUCAGACAGUCAUAAAGUUUUGUGGCUGGCAAUAAAAUGUUUUAUGUUGCUAAUUUAUGUUUCAACUAAUGAAUCAUAUCACACACAUCUAGCUGCAUCUAGCUUAUGGUGGUUUCCUCUGAGGAAUGUGUGUCUUUGGUCCAACCCCUGAUGCUUCCCUCUUAACAUUCAGUCGGAAGUCAGUUUCUGAACCACUGGUGUCAGACGUCAUAGUAUGGAAAACAACAUUUUAUAAUAAUAAUUCACACAUCUAAAACUCUCAAAACUACAGUUGUUUAUUCUGGAUUUCCUGGAUUGUUUCCUUAAAGACAAAUUAGUGUGAGUUUCUAAACAACCGAUAAGCUCUUGAUAGCUCCAGCACAAAUCAAAGCGUGACUGCUUUAAAAUUCUAAUAUCAGAAAGCUUAGCUUAGCCCAAACAUGUUCAGAUUUUCAGUAUUUAUAUAUUGAAAAAUGAUGCCAUAAAUACAAUAAUAACAAGCUUAUCCUCAUGAAAUGCUACAAAAAGAAUAAAAAAGGAAAUGUGGGGUUUCCAUAUUCAGCUACAGCACAUUCAGGUCUGUGCUAAUCUACUGUGCUGUUUCUCUCGAACAACAGAGAUACAGGUCAAUGUACAGUGGAAAUGUCCAGCAUCAGAAGCUCGUGCCCAUCCAGAAAGCUCUCUGUGUUGUAGCUUUGCCACCUCGCUGCUCACACCAGCAGGGACGCACUAGCUACACAGGAGGAGGGGGUGGGAGUCCUAGCCAUACAACCCUAGCCUAAAUUAGGC